CGCAUAUAUAUAAGAUUUUGUCUUCAGUGCACUUACUUUGGUGGUGUCUUCAAAGCAUUUGCCUCAUAAUCGUCAUUUCAACUGUGACUUGUGAUAUGAUGGACAAGAAAAUGCAUGAAUUUAAACAAAAAAUCAUUCAAGAUUUACUUUGAUAUGAAGGUUUUAGGAUUUGGGGAUUUAGAGUUAGGGUUUAGGGUUGACAAUUUGGGAUUUUGGGUUUGUGUUCAAAAUUAAAGGUUUAAGGGUUAGUGUAAUAGAUUGAUUAGUUGUGAAUUAUGAUCAAAUGUUGUAUCAUCAUGUCAAACUAAUACUACCAAUUAAAAUCCAUAUUUGACGUUUUAUGCUACUUUUAGAGUUGGGUGUAUUCAACAACCUCAUUUUGUUGACUGCACCUAAGAAGCCAUAUAUAUGUAGGUAGGCCGACGUUCACACAUAUUAGAUGCACUUUAAUAUACUUCACGAAUCAAAACCAUUAAUUAUUUUUGGGUUUAGAGAACUAUGAUCUGAAGUUUACCCAUUCAAGGUUAGAGUAUAGUAGGGGUGGGAUACGGUCACAACCUACUUUGUAGCCAUUAGAUGAAUUCUCUCUCUCUUGUCUUUUUCAAAUUGAUAGUUAAGAUUAAACGAAAGGUAUUUUUGAAAGGAAAAAAAUAUACCAUACUCAAUCAUUCUCCCUCCCAUACAAAUAAAAUACCCCUAAUAUAAUCAUAUGCCCUCCACCGGUGUUCACGUCCCUCUUCCCAUCCUCCCUCUCUCCCUUGGACGUUGUGGUUGCCACCACUUCACCCCCUUCCUCUAUCGUGCCCUCCGCCUCUCAAGCGCCCUCCGCCCCCUGCUGCGCCCUUCGCUCUCUGCCGUCUUUGUCUCCUACUUCAUCUCUCCUUGUCGCUGCUUGCCGUCACCACCAUGAGGUCGACAUCGCUGACACCGACCACCACCACGAUCAGCCACCCCUUCCUCCUCUCAUCGUGUUGUCGCCACCACCAUCCCAUCCUCCUACCAGUGCAACCACCUCCCUCUGUCGUGAAGCCGCGAGGUCACCGCCUCUCCCCUUACCGCCCACUUUCCUCAUCCCCUAAUUUUUUCCAGAUCUAUGAUUUUCCAGAUUCCAUAUCUGGGUUUUUUGUGUGUGUUAGUCUCUAGUGGUAGUGAUUUUCAUCUAGUAGUGCAUAAGAUGGAUUGGUACGCUACCACUUAGGGUUGUUAAACGCUUGUCGGUUAGUCGGAUAAUAGCAAAACCGAACCGUAAAUUGUGGUCAUUCGACUAACUGAAAACCGAUAAAAGCCUGUGGUUGGAGAAAUUCAGAGCAGCGGCUGGCCGCACAGUAGUCAGUGAACAACCGAUCCCUUAUCAUUGCCCCGCACUAACCGUGCUCCAUCCCCUCCUACCUCAUCCCCCAAAUUUGAACCCUAUUGCCUCCUCCCUCCUCCUUCAAAUUAAAACCAUAAUCCCCAAAUGGGCAAAUCCAUCCAUUGAAUUCUCCCAAACUCAAACUCGGUGUCGCCCUAUAGCAACAAAUCCUUGUCCUCAUCACAACCUCUUCAUCGUCCAGAUGUGGUCGGCUCAUCUUUCCUCCGUCAUAUAGUCGGAGCGUCUUUCUGCCAUCGAAGAGUCGGCUUGUCGCACCACCAGACCUCUCUCUUUCGCAAACUCGCCGCUCUCUCCCCUUACUUCGUUUCUCAAUUCCCUUCUCCAUCGCAUCAUUCUUUGACCCUAGUAAACAGCCGUAGAUCCCAGUUUCUCCCUGGCAAAGUUGUUCAAGAUCGCUGGACUAGCAGUCAACAAUAUUUGGGCGUCGUCGAGGAUGAUGAACGAACUCGUAGUCGGCAAUAUCUACGUCCUUGUCCUCAUUCCUUUGCCAUCGGUAGUAGGAAGAGUGAGCAAAGUUCUGAUCUUCCUCCGUGCAUCUCCCCUGCCUUCAACGAUGAGCAGCCGAGGAUUGCAUGCGAGCCGAUAAUUCAAGUGCAAUUACAAACUCAAUCCCAUAAGUAAAAGCCCAAUCUUACAAGUAAUUCAAAGUAUUGUAUCCGUUUUAGAUUAGGUGAUCUUUUGAUUUUCUGGAAAUUUGAGAGAGAAAGAGAGAUACGAGAGUGGGGGUAUAUUUUGGGAAGAGAAAGUGAGGAAAAACUCCUCAUCUACUUAUUUUUUUAUACAUUAACGUCGAUUGUGAAUUGCCAACAAACCGCACCGCAAACUUGAGGUUGCGGUGGCGGUUAACCGUAAGCAUUCUUGGUGUCGGUUGCGGUUGGGGUUUUUGGACACUACUUUGGUGGCGGUUAAUCGAUCUGGCGGUUCAGUUUAACUGCAACCAAAUCGAUUAUCAGCCCUACUACCACUCAUUAGCAGUGCUACCAGUGGUAGUGCUAGUGUACCACUCGAUCUGGUAGCCCUACCAGUGGUAGUGGUAGCGUACCACUAGACAAAAAUCACUACCACUAGCGCACUGAUGGAGUGGUGCGUUUUUGAAGGUGGCCGUAUAGCGAGCAUGCUUGAUGGAUUUUACCAGAGAAAGUCAGUUGGUCGGAGUGGAGUGGUUGCUGAAAAAGAAAGAGAGAGAUAUAGAAAGAGAGAUAAAUGUAUUUAUGGUAGGAUUUAAAUUUUAAAAUAAAGCAAUGUAUUUAAU